UGUUGGACCGCAUCAACCCAACGACCAUGAAUGAACAACGAUAGAUAAUGCCGCGAUUACCGGCCCAGUGGCGGCGUAUCGUCCAGAUCCGGGCGCCUGUCAUCUCUGCUCUAGCAGCUUCGCUGCCCGCCCCGCUGCUACGACCAGCGGUUCAUGCCAAGGGUGUUGAGGUGACGCUCAAUCCAUCAUCAGACUUUCAAGGUUUGCAAUGCCAUGCCGUGGGUGGAAGCGCCCGAGCACCGCUACGGUGUAAAGUGGGUGAGUAAAACAUUCGCCGCUCGAUACCUAUCUUGCAAAUCUACGUAUACCUUUACCACUAACUAG